GCGUGCCAACGCUACGUAAACGCUUACCACACAUCAAAGAUAAAUCGGUUAUUUGGCGGGCGCAGUCCAUUUGGUCGGAAGGGGGCAUUGAGGUGCAGGCAUCGGGAAGGUUGUGCAUAAUUACUACCAUGACAGAUAGAUUGCAGUACUGGAAGGAUGAUUUGGAAAAGAGGCUUCACGAGAAGAAUGUGUUUACGGAUUACUUGGCAAUGCUAGAGGAAAAGACCGGUGUGCGGCGGUUAUAUCUCGUGAUAGGGGCGAUCGGGUUCCUGAUCUUGUACCUGGCGUUCGGCUACGGCGCCGGCCUGAUCUGCAACCUGAUCGCCUUCGUCUACCCGGCGUACGCCUCGAUUAAGGCGCUGGAGUCGACCAAGAAGGAGGACGACACGCAGUGGCUGACCUACUGGGUGGUGUACGCCGUGUUCGGCACGGUCGAGUUCUUCUCCGACAUCCUGCUCAGCUGGUUUCCGUUCUACUGGCUCUUCAAGUGUCUCUUCCUCACGUGGUGCGCGGCGCCGGCCUCCUGGAACGGCAGCCUCGUCGUCUACAGGCGCGUCAUCCGACCCUACUUCCUCAAGUAUGAGAACCAGCUGGACGACAUCGCCAACGAGGUAGCUGAGAAGGCCAAGAAGUACGUGGAUCUCUCGGCUGAGAAGGCGCGGGAGAUGGCCGCUGAGCACGCUGCGAAGCAUGAGUGAGCCAGUACCGGACCAGCAGACGCGGGGCUACAAUGCCCAGGCCGGGCGCUACGUGUUCGUGUGAUUAGACCCACUCCUUGCCGGAGCGCGGCGCUGAUUUUUGGUGAUUACGUACCCGUGUAUCCGACGAAAGCUAAGCGCGGGUCUCGGCGUAUACCACCCCGGUUAUUCCUAUGCCGUUGAUCCCGUUUAGCCGCCGCUGCCGCAUUUCGUAGGUCCCUCGUAUUUUAUUGGCUGUGUGCUUUCACCAGUCUUUCUGAUGCGUUUUCUGACACAGCGCGAGAAACUGGUGUCUGUUGGCAGGAACAGAGUGAUUAUUAAGACAAUCGCUGCUCUGAUCAUGUGGUGGGUUUUUCAAGGUGACCGGUGCAGUGAGGAAAUGGUUUCAAGUAUGGGUGAGCUGGUUACUUUUGUUUCUUACGAAACCUGGUUUUGGACUCGGCCUGCGCUAUGCAAAAUCCGUUUUUCACCAUUUAUCGUAUGACUGACUUCCAAAAGCCUGCUUCCAGACAUUGUCGAACACAUUUCCAGAAAAACAACGAGAAGUGAUCACAGUAACAAACAAAUGGCGUGUUUGAACCGCCAUUGUCGGAAUUCGACUAUGUUUUGACCGAGCCCACCACCUCGCCGUUGACCGUGCCAAGCCGACACAGAUAUCGAUUGAUUAUCAAUUAUUAUGACUGCGGCGAACGUAAGCUCAAUGUCUGACUGGCAGACACCGUUCGUGGUGUGGGUAUGUUAAUUGUCGUGUCCCCCCCCCCCCUCCACAAAACUCCGAUCCUGGGUGAAGGCUAGUCGAUGUAAUACAACACAUAUCCCUCGUAUAAGACAGGUGCUGUGGGGUCAGGAAGAGACUAUUCAGUCUCGGGGCUAGGAGCGUGAGCGCUUUGGGACUGUUGGGUGCACGCUAGAAGAUGGUUAUGCUCAGGGGAUUUGGCUAAGGUCGCGACAAGUUCUCGCCCGAUCUCUUGCCUGUACGUCGGUAGAGCGAUGCAAUGGCAAGACCAAUACAACGUGACGGUCUCGAA